AUGGAGGAGGAGCAGCUCCUGGAGGGGCGCUACCGGCUGCAGCAGGUGCCCGGGGGCCGUGUGGCCUUGCCCGUGCUGGAGGAGAAGCUCGACCAGCUGCAGCUGCCCCUGGAAAUGCCUUGUGAGCUGCUCUGGAUCAAGGACCCUGCCCCCUCCAGGGCAGCCCGCUGGAGGACGCCUGCCCAGAAGCUGCAGGACGCGCUGAGGCAGCUGCUGGGGCAGAGCUGGUCGGAGGAGCUGGAGCGUGAUGUGCCCCGGGCCUGGCAGCGGCAUGGGGACCUGGUCCUGCUGGGCGGGGACAGCUUCAGGGCUGAGACCUGGGAGAGACUGGGCCCAGCACUCUGGGAGACUGUUGCCUCGGCUCUGGGUGCCCGGCGGCUGGCCAGGCGAGGACGGGUGUUGCCAGAUGAGAUGAGGUCUCCCAGUGUCACCCUGCUGCUGGGCCAGGAUGGCUGGGUGGAGCACGUGGACAAUGGGAUCAGGUACACGUUUGAUGUGACUAAGUGCAUGUUCUCACCGGGCAACAUCACUGAGAAGCUGCGGGUGGCCUCGCUGCCCUGCGCCGGGGAGGUCCUGGUGGAUCUCUAUGCAGGUAUCGGCUAUUUCACGCUGCCCUACCUGGUUCACGCCGCCGCCGCCUUCGCCCACGCCUGCGAGUGGAACGGCCACGCCGUGGAGGCCCUGCGGAGGAACCUGGCGCUGAACGGCGUGCGGGACCGCUGCCGCAUCCACCGCGGGGACUGCCGGCGGCUGGAGCUGCGGGAUGUAGCGGACAGGGUGAACCUGGGGCUGAUUCCCAGCUCGGAGGAAGGCUGGCCGGUUGCCUGCCGCGUCCUGAAGAAGGGCACAGGUGGGGUUCUCCACAUCCACCACAACGUGGAGACUCUCCCUGCUCAGACCCCUGUCCUGCCGGCUAAGCAGGGGUCUCCAGAGGGAGCCAACUCUGAUGGAGAGGUGCAGCCCCCAGCGAAGGACAGUGGGAAGGAGAUGCUGGGGGCCAGGAUCAGACCCGAGUGGCAGAGGUGGGCUGAAGCCACGGCGGCACGGAUCCGGGGGCUGCUGGCAGAGCUGCACGGGCAGCCGUGGUGCACCAGCAUCCUGCACAUCGAGGUGGUGAAGUCCUAUGCACCCCACGUGCAUCACCUCGUGCUGGACCUCGAGUGCCGGCCCGUGUUGCCCACCUAG